AUGAAAGUAGAAGAAUCCGAACCUCAAGAAAGUCUACCUUCUGUUGUUGACUCGAUAUUAUCGCAUUUGAUCAGCUUGACUAUUCCUGAUGCUUAUGAAGAGAUAGAAGAAGGAACAGAACAAGCUGGGAAUGUUUCGAAGGAAGAUUCUUCCUUGAAGAAAGUUGAUGAAUCUGCCCUUGAGGAGAAUGCGUCGAAUUCAAAUUUGCAGAUGCUGGGUUGCGAUGACGAUGAUCCAAAGGAAGAAACUACCCCUUCGAGUAUCAAAUCAACUGACAAAAUUGGAAAUUCUGGCGCGUCAGACUCCCAUCAUUCCAAUUCACCAGCUCCUUUACAAAAUUUCGAAGAUUCUCGAACGAGAAUCGCCGAAGACCCAGAAACAACGAGUCUCAGUUGCACGGAAGAACCCAUCUUACGCGAUUCUAUCAAUCCUUCGCUGAAGCAAAGAUUCCCUUCCUCAAAGAUAUCAGAUGACCCCUCUAACGAAGAAACUGUAAAACAAUCGAGAGCCGAUUAUCUGAAGCGUUUCGGGAAGAAAGUCCUGCCUCUUCCUCCAGCUCAGGAGAAAGAUUGA